ACAUGUUUUCGUUGCAGCGUUCGGUUGUCUGCUACGAUUUCCUCGUGUGGUGCUAACGCCCCACAUAAUAACCAGCAAAACGUUAUAUAUUUUUCUUUUUUUAUUUCAAAACUUAGACAGGACAAUCUCGUACGACAGCUAGGCAUGGUCGCACACGUGGUUCAAAACUUGGUGCAGAUGCACAAUGCGCUGUCUGAGCUCGCCGAGUUUUUGACUAGCCAUGCACAAUUCCUAAACGCUCAUAUGGUUGCCUUUUUAACAGCUUCCCACUGGGAUGUCCAUGUGCCUAAGGGAGUAGCAGAAGAUUUGGUGCAACUUCCUGAAGAAUGCUUACGUUUCUUAGGCACUAAAGGGUUUUUUGAAUUGCCAUAUGUCAAAGAAGGUAUGGCGCCGUCAUUGACAAAACUAAUCAGAGAGCUGGGGAGCAACACGUUACAGUCCCUAAAGGUUUCCACAACAGUUGAGAAAGUUUUAUCCGAUUGGGUCAAUACAACCGACACAUCGCCGCCAGACCUGUGGAUGUCCAAGAAAAAAAGCCACGAAGUGUCUGUCAUGAGCCAUUUCGUGGCAGAAUUGUCACACCGACACAACAUAUCUCAUGUUGUCGACAUUGGCAGUGGCAAGGGGUACCUCUCCACCAAUUUAUCCUGCCUACACCAGCUGAACGUUGUGGGCAUCGAAUGCGAGGGUCUCAAUAAUCAUAAUGCAGAAGAAAGGAAAAAGAAAAUGAUGCGGCAUGCAAAGAAUGUGGUAAAGGAUGGCGUCUACAAGGAAGACGCAAAGUUCUGUGCACUCACAGCAAGAAUAGACCACAAGUUUGAAUUAAACGAGGCUCUGACACAGUGUUUUAAACAAAAAGUCAGCGACGUCCUCCUGUGCGGGCUGCAUACGUGCGGUGACUUGGCGUCAAGUGCACUACGACUCUUUGUACAGUGCAGCGGUGUGAAGUGCCUGUGUUUAGUUGGCUGCUGUUACAAUCUCAUCACGGAGGAAAACGAGGCUACACAAAAUGACUGUAGUGUUACACAGAAGUUUGGGUUCCCGCUAUCAACUUACCUCAGAAAUUCUCAGUGUUAUCUUGGACGAAAUGCCCGGAUGCUGGCAUCACAAAGCAUCGAAAGACAGCAUGAAAAUAAUACAAAUUUUCCAGAAACCCUUUUUUACCGUGCACUCUUCCAAAAGAUCCUAACUGAGAAGCUUGGAAGUGAUACUUUGCCAAAAGACUUCCGUGUUGGAAAGCUUUACAAGUGUAAAAACUUCUGGGAGUACAUCCAAAGAGCAGCAAAAAAGAUUAAUUGUUCUGACUUCAAGGUUACAGAGGAGGAAGCUCAACGUUACGAAUUAUGCCAUCAAGAUGAUAAGAAGAAGCUAAUGCUGUUCCAGAAGCUUCGAAUAUGUUUCUCUCCAUGCAUUGAAGGGCUGAUCUUACUGGACAGGCUGGUGUUCCUUCUUGAACAGGAGGACGUUGAAGACGCCCACAUCAUUCAGCUGUUUGACCCCGUGAUUUCGCCCAGAUGCUUUGCGCUGUAUGCCACCAAGAAGAGCUAAGAGUGCAUACUGGUCGAGUUCGUUUUAUUUGUUAAUAUCUAUUUUAGCAUAAUAAACGAGAAUUGUGUAACCAGCAUG